UCGUGUAAUACAAAGUAAAGGAAAGGGAUCACGUCUGGGCCUUUCCGGCACUCAGUUUGGUGGUUACAGACUGUUUGGAACGCUGUCAUGUUUUUCAAAUCGGGUACAGAUUUCCCUGGAAAUUGUAGCUCGCUGAGUAAAUCUCGAUCUGACAGUAAUUAACCGGCGCUGGCUACACCUAACGACCGACAGCUGUGAUCCAGAUGUCAACCGACACCGAGUCCCGGCGAAGUCAAGCCCAGACGCUCAAUUCUACCGUGACUCAACAUGAAGAAGAUGGAGAACAAUCGCAACCCAAGCCAGCCCAGGAUCAAACAGGAAAGGACAAUGGAUCCCCUUGGCUUACAGACAGAAGCACAAUGGCCCCACUCGUAGCAGAGUAUGACAGACACAUGAAUGAUAUGACUGAACAGAUUCGUCUCUAUCAGGGGCAGAUGGUGGCACUGAGAAUGAAGCUCGACACCGUCGUGAAUGAAAAUGAACGGCUGUAUGUGGAACUGCGAGAGUCGAUAGAAAAGCAGCUGCAGACUCUCCCCGUGGGUGCCGGGCUGGACGAGGACCCCCUGAUGGAUGAAGAAGCCAUGGAGAAGCUGCAGGAACAAAUCCAGCUGUCUCUGCAGGAGAAGGAUCACGCGCUGGAGCUCUGGCAGACAGCGGCCCAGGAACUGGACCGGCUGCAGCAGAUGUAUCAGAAGGUCGUGUCUGACUCUCAGCUUCAUGUGGCUGAACGACAGACCAUGAAGAAUGAGCUGACGCAAUUCCAACAAGUUGCUCGGCAACUAAAAGAGGCCAAUCAGAUGCUGGAGACGACCAACCAGCAGUUUCUGAAGGCUGUCACGGAGCAGAACUCAGAGGUGGAGAAUCUACGCAGCCAGCUGAGACAUGCGAAGCAAGACCUGAGAGCAGCUACGACUAAGAUGGAGGAAAUGGCCAAACGCAUGCAGGACGCUGAAGAGCAGGCGCAACGUCGGGAAGAGGACGCCGCAGUGGCUUAUGGGAAGGAGGAGGCCUCAGAGAGACGACUCCAGCAGCUGCAGGCAACCAUCAGUCAGCUGGAUGCCAAGCUGAAGGUGGCCACGCGGGAGACGGAGCAGCUGAGGCGGGAGCGGGCGGCGUGGGAGAGGCAGGUGGGCGAGCUGCAGGGGCGCAGCGCCGCCCUAGAGGACGAGAAGUACGAGGCAGUAGCCAAGGUGCGCGAGAGCGUACAGCUGGUGGAGGAGGCCUCGCUGCAGAAGGAGCAGGCCUUUCUGAGAGAAAAGCAGAAGGCGGAAGAGCUGGAGAAGAUGAAGGAGGCUCUGAAGAAGUUCAUUCAAGAUGCUGCCACUCGAACCAGAAAAGAGGUUGAGAAUGUCCGUAAGCAGUGCAAUGCACAGAUCCACAGGAUGGUGGAGGAGCUGUCGGCCCUUCAGCUGGAAUGUGCAGACAAGCAGUCGCAGAUAGAGAGAGGCUUGCGGGAGAGAGAGGCCGUGGAGGAGGAACUAGGAAAGAUGUACCGGGACGGAAAGGCAGGGGAACCAGAGUACAGGAAGAUCGACACCCUCCACGAGAGAUGCCUUGGCGCCGAGCGGCUGAAGGACGACCUGCAGAUCACGCUCCAGACGAUGCAGAACAAGAUGAAGAAGAUGGAGAUGGAGUAUCAGGAGGAGCUGUCCCGCUCCCAGGAGGAGGUGCGCAGGCUGCAGGUGGCGCUGACGGGGGCCCGGGACGACUGCGGCAGCGUGAGCGAGGAGCGGCUGCGACUGCAACAGGAGAACCAGCAGCUGCGCAGGGAGAUGGAGGAGCUGCGCAAGACCUCGGUGCAGGCCCAGAGGAAGGCCAAGCAGCAGGUGUCGGCCAUGCACCACGAGUUCUCCGUGAAGGAGCAGGGGCUAGAGGUCAGGGUGCGCGAGCUGGAGGAGAGCGGCCGCAACUCCUGCGUCGACCUCAAUCGCCUGCUGGUGGCGCAGCAGAGGACCAGCAAGCGCUGGAAGGAGGAGGCGCGAAAGCUGACCGAGGCCUUCGAGCACAAAGUGGGAAGCUUGAGAGCUGAGCUGGUGCGACAGAAGCAGCAUUCGCAGGACCUGGAGGUCCAGCUGGAAGGUGAUCGUGAAAAGAUGGCGGAGUAUGAAAGACAAAUGGCAGAGUAUCAAGAGAAGAUCAACAGACUCCAAAGGCGUCUGACUCACGCCGAGCAAAAGGCAUCAACAGUAUCACAGCAGCUCAGCAUUGUCGCAUCGCAAAGAAGAAAAGCAGCCUCUUUAAUUGAUCUAGAAACGGGAUAAAAUGUGCCAAGUUCCAGGGACCAUCUCUGUGAUCCAUGAAAUGUUAUUUUUUACUGUAAUAUUUGUAAUAAAAAAAUCCACUCAGUGCUUGACUGAC